CAUUUCCCUAAUGUAGAACGGCCUUAAUAGGCUCCCUAUUCUGUUAUCACCAGGUGGCGUAUGGAUUUAUUUCCAAGCCAGAAAACAGAUAGAUCUGCUAUGUUCUGUUGUAUCUUUUAUCCACAGGAACAACGUGUCUGCACGUGUAAGCAUUCAUUAAGAGGGAAGAAGCAUCUAGGAUAGUUUUAUUAGUUACACGUUUCUCGACAUAGCUCGAGCGUACGUGAUCAUUUAUUGGAGAUUGAAGAUUGUCUUCCAUAAUAUUCACUACGUGAAAGCAGUUAUGGAUAAACCUGUGGUUUUGGCACGAGUAAUCAAGGUCUUGGGUCGCACGGGUUCACAAGGACAGUGUACGCAAGUAAAAGUGGAGUUCUUAGGCGAGCAAAAUCGCCAAAUUAUCAGGAACGUAAAGGGCCCAGUACGCGAAGGUGACCUCUUAACCUUGCUCGAAUCCGAACGCGAGGCAAGAAGACUGCGAUAGCGUGAACAGCAGCUUUGAUCGACACAGAAGAAUCAUUGUCAGUCAGUUUGGAUUUUAUUGCUUUUCGGAAAUUCACCAAACGAAUCACAUCAAUGGUACAUGAUAUAUACUCUAACAUGUAUUUUUCGGAUUGAAGUUGGUGUAUAACCAACUAUUUUUUAGUAUCAUGUGGAUACAUAUACAUCAUAUAUAUCAUAUACAUAUAUAUAUAUAUAUAUAUAUAUAUAUAUAUAUAUAUAUAUAUUGUGUAGAUAAACACAUGUUUCUCAAGAAGAAACAGUGAAAUAAGACUAUAAUCUGUUUGAAACAUUCCAAUUGCAUAAAAAUACUACUAAUAAAUUUUGGCUGGUAAAUAUAAA